AUGACGUCAACCCCUGGCACCAAGACGCCGCCUCCGCCCUCGCGGCCGUCGUUGCAUGUCCAGAUGCCAUCGUAUUCCGGCCCGAGCAGUGACGAAGCUGACACCACCAAGACCCAGGUCGAUCCAGACCACCUCACCCCAGGGGCAGCCCUUCGGAGCCCGACCGACUCGAGAGAGGCUGCGAACAGGUUACAAGACGACCUGGAGGUCCUCCGUGCUGAGCGCGUGGUCUCAAAUCAGGAGCGCAACCCAAGCCGGCCCAGGUCCGGAAGGAGAAGCCAUGAAGCCCGGGUCGAGGACGCCUUCAACUCGAGCAACUCGCCCACCGCCACUACUGCCAUCGUCCCCCCGAAGACGACUUGGCUCACCAAACUAUGGCUUUCGCUCAAGAGGUUCCCUCGUGUCCUGCGCUACGUUGUCUACGCCAUCCCGCCUGGCAUCAUCAUCCUGAUACCCGUCUUCCUUGAUCUAUUUGCCUACGACCGCAAGGGAGACCCGGUUGGAGGUCGCGGCGGAGUCCAACUUCUUUGGUUUGGUAUCUGGCUUGAGGUCGUUUGGCUCACACUAUGGGCUGGUCGAAUCGGCACGUCUAUCAUGCCCGUGCUCGUGGCCUUUGUUGCCGACACGGUCGGCUCUCCCAACCAUAAGAAGUGGAAGGAUAUUGGGCGGCAACUCGAGUUCCCCACGGCUCUGUUUCUGUGGCUACUGGCCGUCUUGGUUUCGUACCGGCCCAUCUUGGACAACCAUCGCGUGCUCAACGAGCCCAAGGAGGACGACAAGAUCCCUUACAUAGCGUGGAUCGACGUUGUCUACAAGAUCGUCAUUGCCCUAUUCGUCCUUGCGACGCUGAAUCUCGUCGAGAAAAUCUUGAUCAAGUGGAUCGCAACAUCCUUCCAUCUGCGCACCUACUCGCACCGCAUCCGCGAUAACCAAAUGCAGAUCGAGUUCCUCGUCACCCUGUACUCAUACGCCAAGACCCGCCUCGAGGCCCAGGACCCGGUGUGGGAAUCCCCAUCCAGCAGACGAGCUUCUACCGGGAGCCCUUCGCCGCUCAAGAGUCUCCACAACAACGCACGCCAUGUUUGGAGCAAGGUCGGGAGCGCCGCUCACCGCAUAGCCGGCGAUUUUACCGGACGGAGGAGUCUCAAGGGCAACCAUCCCCGCAAGGUCGUGCUGGAACUUCUGCGCAACACUGAGUCUAGCUUCACCCUUGCUCGCGUUUUCUACCGCACCUUUAUCAAGCCGGACAAGUCGACUAUCACGGUUGAAGACCUGUAUCCCGCAUUUUCGGCCCAGGAGGACGCCGAGGCGUGCUUCUCGGUUUUCGACAAGGAUCUCAACGGCGACAUCACGAUGGAGGAGCUCGAAAUGGUGUGCAACGAGAUCCAUCUCGAAAAGAAAGCCAUAGCGGCUUCGCUCAAAGACUUGGACUCGGUCAUCAAGAAGCUGGACGAAGUCUUCAUGUUCAUCAUUGUUGUUAUUGUCAUUAUCGUCUUUAUCAGCAUCAUUUCGAACUCAGCUGCGGCUGCCUUGACUUCGACUGGCACUUUCAUCCUCGGGCUGUCGUGGCUGCUACAGGCGACAGCCCAGGAGUUUCUUCAGUCUAUCAUCUUCGUGUUUGUCAAGCACCCCUUUGAUGUCGGCGACCGGGUCACCGUCUACGGCAACACCGGCUCUAUGAUGAAAGGCGACGACUACUACGUCCUUGAAGUCUCACUUCUGUACACCGAGUUCAAGAAGAUGGAGGGCCACGUAGUGCAGGCACCCAACUCGGUGCUGAACACGCUUUUCAUCCUGAAUCAAAGGCGUAGCCAGGGACUAGCCGACCCUAUCAACCUGAAGCUCCGCUUCGGCACGUCAGAAGCACAAAUCGAAGAGCUGAAGGCCCGGAUGCUCGAGUUCUGCCUCCAAAAUAAGAGAGACUACGCACCGCGCAUCAUCUCUGAGGUGCAGACCAUCGACGAGGUUAGCAGCAUCACCAUGAACAUCAUCUUCUUUCACAAGAGCAACUAUCAGAACGAGCUGCUCCGCCUCAACAGGCACAACAAGUUUGCCGUUGAGCUCAUGCGGCAAAUGCACGACAUGGGCCUCGAGACACCCCGGCUCGUCCAGCCGGGCGGCAUGCGCGAUAUGCCGCUGUAUUGGACCCAGGUCCAGCCGCCGCCUGUGUACCAGAGCACUGCCCAGGAUGCGUAUCCGCCAAUUUCAGGUUCAGCGGUGCGCAGGAGAACUACCAGCAGGGCGGCGGCGGUGGAGGCUGGCAUGGACUUUCAAGAUGUCUAUCACAACCGGAGGAGGGAUAACAGCAUAAGUCAGCUGGGCUCGAUCAGGCAGUCACCCAGAGAAGAAGAGGAAGGGACUCGUGCCAGCUUGGACGAGCAGAUGGGCAUGUCAGAGAAGAGACAGAGCCUGGACAGCCCGUCGACACCGCGGCAGAUGUGGAGGUCGGUGAGUAGGUCGAAUAACCGUGGGUCGUUGAGCCAAGCUGUGUGA